CCCGGCCCGGCCCGGCCCGGCCCGGCAGCAUGUGAGCCCGCGGGGCGGGGAUGCUCUGGCUGCUCUGCGGCCCCCCCGGCGCCAUGGACAGCCAGGCGCUCGUCAUCCGCAUCCACAUCCCCGACGGAGCCGCCGUGGACUGGACCGUGCACUCCGCGCCGCAGCUGCUCUUCAGGGAUGUGCUGACCCCCGAGCCAGACCGAGGGGAUGUCACCGGGACCCCCGUGCCAUGUCACCAAGACCCCCAAGGCAGCCCUGGGAAUGUCACUAAGACCCCCCUGCCAGCCCGCGGGAUGUCACCGAGACCCCCGUGCCAGCCUGGGGGAUUUUCAGUAUUCUCUUUCCUUGCUCUGGUGGCAGAUGAGGAUGAGGAUGGGGAUCGGAUCACGGUCAGGAGUGACGAGGAGAUGAAGGCCAUGCUGUCCUAUUAUUACUCCACUGUGAUGGAGCAGCAAGUGAAUGGACAAUUGAUAGAGCCUCUGCAGAUCUACCCACGAGCCUGCAAACCCCCUGGGAAACGGAACAUCCAUGGCCUCAAGGUGAACACACGGGCGGGGGCCACCACCACCAGCACCACCAGCAGCGGCGGCGGCGGCUCGGCCGCCUCCGAGGGGCUCCCCAGCACCAGAAAUGACCCAGCCUGCUUGUUGUUUAUGGCCUGGAGUUGCUUUUCCUUGACAUUUCCAUCCCCACAUGACAUCUCUUUUGUUGUUUUUUUUUUUUCCUUUUUUUUUUUUUUUUUUCCUUUCUUGGAGAUGAAUGAACAAGACAUUCGAUACCGAGACAUCCUCGGCCACGGCAACGGCGGCACCGUCUACAAGGGGCAGAAUGUGCCCAGUUUUGGUGACUUAUUUGCCAUUAAAAUCAUACCCUUGGAUAUAACACUGGAACUCCAGAAGCAGAUCAUGUCAGAGUUAGAAAUUCUUUACAAGUGUGACUCCUCGUAUAUCAUAGGAUUUUAUGGUGCUUUUUUUGUAGAAAACAGGAUUUCACUGUGCACAGAGUUCAUGGAUGGGGGAUCUCUGGAUGUUUAUAGGAAAAUCCCAGAGCACGUCCUCGGAAGGAUAGCAGUGGCUGUUGUGAAAGGCCUGACCUAUUUAUGGAGCCUGAAGAUUUUGCACAGAGAUGUGAAGCCAUCCAAUAUGCUGGUGAACACCAGGGGCCAGGUGAAGCUCUGUGACUUUGGGGUCAGCACCCAGCUGGUGAAUUCCAUAGCCAAGACUUAUGUUGGAACAAAUGCUUACAUGGCACCUGAGAGGAUUUCAGGAGAGCAGUACGGGAUCCACUCAGACGUUUGGAGCUUGGGCAUUUCCUUCAUGGAGCUUGCUCUUGGGAGGUUUCCAUAUCCUCAGAUUCAGAAAAACCAGGGAUCUUUAAUGCCUCUCCAGUUAUUGCAGUGCAUUGUUGAUGAGGAAUCGCCGGUGCUUCCAGCCGGGGAGUUCUCGGAGCCAUUUGUGCACUUCAUCACUCAAUGCAUGAAGAAGCAGCCAAAGGAAAGGCCAGCACCUGAAGAUUUAAUGGGUCACCCCUUCGUGGUGCAGUACAACGACGGCAACGCCGAGGUGGUGUCCAUGUGGGUGUGCAGGAUGCUGGAGGAGCGGCGAGCCCAGGGAGCCCCGUGAGCUCCGCACGCCCGGCGGCUCCUCCCUCCCCGCCCCGGGACUCAGAUCACCCGCAGCCUGGUUCAUUCCAUCCGUUUUACUUCAGCUGUCUCCUAGGAGCAUCGACAAAUUCAGGAUAUUUUCCUCACCGCCACUUUAAGGGUUUUUUUUUU